UGUAGUGUAAUAUCGACGAUCCAGUUACUUAUUUCGGAUCCAUGCAAACUUCCAUGUGUCUCUUCUCAGGUUCUCACUUCUCAGCAAGUCAGCAUCACAGCAGUUGUUGUUUUAUUUGUGAUUAAUUGAUUAUCUCUUCCCCUCGAAGAAUUUUACAAGUUUUUUGUUUUUCAUUCAGUAAUCCAUCAACUUGGAAAAAAAAUUAUUAUCGAAGUUCAACAACACCAAGACCUAGAAAUGACUGAAGCAGCUCCGAAUAAAGUACACGAUAUUCUUCAUCCUACUCCAGUAUCGCUGCAAAAACUGUCAGCAAUGGUCGUUAGCCUCGAAAUAUGGCGUCGUGAAGUGGAUAAAUAUCGCAGGAGUCGACAAUUGAAAGAACUUGAAGUGUUCAGUUUAGGAAUAGAAAAUACCCUGGUAACACUUCCUGAUUUACCUUCCGUGAUUCAUAAGACGAUCAAAAAAAUGUUUAAUAAAUUUGCGAAUUCAGUUUCCUCUUGGCUACGUGAACAUUACAAACGAGUAUUCGAUUGUUACAAACGUUACAGUCACGAGAACUUUAUUUUACAAUAUUUCGACAAUUUCAUAUGCGAUUAUGACGGCUCCAUUCAUUACACUAGGACAGCCGAACGCAUGAUGCGAUGUGUAGCAUUCAAUGCAGAGAUGAAGUUUAAAAUUGCCUGCUUGUAUUUCUUCGAAGACGAUAUCAAGCGAAUUUGGCCCUCUGUAUCGAGACAGAUGAGCGUGGAUUCAAUUAAUUUUCAAAAGUUCCCGCAGUUGUAUUACUGGAUCUGCCGUCUCACGAAUAAGUUGGGUAAAAUACGAAAUCCAGAACCAAUAUCAUUCAGCACCUGGUUAAGUGAUACUCGCACUGUUGAUGAACGAAUGUUUGAUGCGCACAUGUCUCGUAACAGACCUACGUUGGAGUAUUUUUGGAAUCGUAUAUCCCUUGGAAAACAAAUGAAAAGAUUUGAAUACGUUGAUGGGUACGAUUUUGUUAGAUUCAUUCUACCUAAACUGAAUGAUCGGCAGCUCGAUGAACUCUUGAAUAAUUAUAGCGGCGCAUUUUAUACUCUGUUCCGCUAUCUUCAUUGCAAUAAAAAAACCGUUUUAAGAAUUUGGUUUUAUAUUAGGUCAAAGAACAUCAUGAGCAAGAGUACUUUUACCGAUCUAGUCGUUAAUUUGAUAGAUGAUGAAGAUUACGGUGACGAUGAGAAUGAGUUCGAUCACGAAAAUUGGGAAUAUUUAUGCCGUGAAAUAUGGAACAAUACUCCACUUGAUUUCAAACAAUCGACGAUUAGUUUUAUUUCAUCCGAUAGUGGAUGGUUAGAGGGUAUGAAUAUUGUAGAUGAUUACCAUUCCAAUCAGAUACACGUCGAGUUCCUAUUGCUUAUCCUGGAAGAUGCAUCUCUCAAAGAAAGAAAUUCAUUAUGGCGCAACUGCUGGAAAACUUUGAUUGAAGCAAUUCGAACCAAAGAUUUGCAACGAAUGAUGCGAUUGUGUCUUAGAAAUGAAGAUGAGAUUACUCAGUUCAAACAAAACUACUUGAUUCACAGCCCAAAGGUCCUUCAAAAUUGCCUUUCAUUAUUUACAAAAGCGUAUUUUGACGAAUUGAGUGCCUUUGUGAGUUUUUGUUAUCCUGAAUUGCAAGCAGCGAGAAACUUUAAAGAACGAAUCCUGCAGUCAGUUUUUCUCGGCGAAGAUUGUCAACUCAGUCGUCAGAUAGUCUGUGGAAUAAAGGAAUUCAAUGACUUUGUUAAUGAUGUUUCCGCCAAUUUUAAAAAUCGUCUGAUGUCGUCGUCUUCAUUUUUGGAGCGUUUAUCGAGUAUUAUCUGCGGCGACGAAGACGACGAAGAAGAAGAAGAAGAAAUUUCUUUGAAAAAGUUGACCAAAUUUAUUCGGAUCUUUGUAUCAACGAAAAAAGUUCCAAGGCAGAUCAAGAUGAGUUUGAUUAAUUCGUUGAAAGAGUACUUGAUUACUAAUGCGAUUUACCUUGGUAAUCUAUUUCGUAAACCUGAGUUCGACUCGAUUUUAUUGUGGUGUUUGGGAAGUGAUAAAGCCGUUGGAGAAUUCAAAUUAACCUGUAUUGAAUUUGAAUAUUAACCCUAAAACUCGUGUCAUAGAAUUUGUGACUUCUUAAAAUAAAUUCAAGUUAACGUUAUACCUA